CUUGUACUGUUCAGUAAUGCAAAAUUAUCUUUUUACAGAAUUCUUAAACUUUUACUGGCCGUGGAUGAGUUCCCCGAUCUCAGCCAGCACAAGAACCACAUGGCCAAGUUCUUGACUCAGGACAUGUAUGCCACAUUGAAGGAGAGAACCACUCGCAGUGGCUUCACUAUCGACGGCGUCAUUCAGACAGGAGUUGACAAUCCAGGUCACCCCUACAUCAUGACCGUGGGCUGUGUGGCUGGAGACGAGGAGACCUAUGACGUCUUUAAAGAGCUCUUUGAUCUUGUGAUUGAGGAUAGACAUGGAGGAUACAAGCCCACAGACACGCACAAGACCGACCUCAACCCGGAGAACCUGGCGGGUGGUGACGACUUGGACCCCAACUACGUUAUGAGCUCCCGAGUCCGAACAGGCCGUAGCAUCCGUGGCUUCUGCCUGCCACCUCACUGCACCAGAGGGGAGAGGCGUGCUUUGGAGAAGCUCUCAAUCGAUGCUCUGGGCUCCUUGACUGGAGACCUGACGGGCAAAUACUACGCCUUGAAGAACAUGUCGGAUGCAGAGCAGCAGCAGUUGAUUGACGACCACUUCCUGUUUGACAAGCCUGUGUCCCCUCUGCUGCUGGCCUCCAGGAUGGCCCGCGACUGGCCCGAUGGCAGAGGAAUCUGGCAUAAUGAGAGCAAGACUUUCCUCGUGUGGGUGAAUGAGGAGGACCAUUUGCGUGUCAUCUCCAUGCAGAAAGGAGGAAACAUCAAGGAGGUGUUCACCCGUUUCUGCACUGGACUGGCAGAGAUUGAAGCCAGGUUCAAGGAAAAAGGCCGUGUAUUCAUGUGGAACGAGCACCUCGGCUACAUCCUGACCUGCCCUUCCAACCUGGGCACUGGCCUGCGUGCAGGAGUCCACGUAAAGCUGCCAAACCUGGCCAAGCACGCUGAAUUCGAGGAGAUUCUGAAGAGGCUGCGUCUCCAAAAACGUGGAACUGGUGGUGUGGACACUGACGCUGUUGAUGGAGUUUUUGACAUCUCCAACUCUGACAGAUUGGGAUUCUCUGAGGUGGAGCUUGUGCAAAUGGUGGUGGAUGGUGUUAAACUGUUGGUGGACAUGGAGAAGACUUUGGAGAAGGAGGAGAGCAUUGAUGAGCUCAUGCCUAACCAGAAAUAA